AUGGCAACUAAAGUUACAGUACAUCAAUUAUUGAGCCGACAAUAUUCACCUGAGGCGAUGGAACAAUCACUAGCUUAUCAAUGUAUGCACACUUGUAAAAUGUCGAGAGAAUCAAGUGAGAGGAGUAAUCUGUUAAAGAGGGGUGAAAAACUGAGACUCUUCUUUGAGAAUAAUAGCUCACAACAGACACACAUGAUUAUUAUGGUGAUUGAUUCAUCACGUAGAACACACAGCAUAUUUCCAAGCUUUACUCCACAGUGGGAAAAGAUGAGUUUUCAUUGUAUUCCAGAAUCGAGUAAUCUAAUUGUUGAAAUUGAUACUUCUUCCAUUCCUAACUUGUACGAUUCAAAUAUGAGCUCACCUAAACCUUUCCAAAUUUUGUGUUGCUCUGUUGUGAAGAGUACGAAACAGGAAAACUUUAAUGGUUGUAUUUCAUUUUCAACGAAUUUUGAUCCAGUAUUUCAAAAGUUUGACUUUUUGAUUUAA